UCGCUGCGGAGAGUUGCGUAACCGCCGCACUCGGGCCCGCACGCUCGCUGACCGCUCCGCGCCGGGAUGCGGCGACACUACAAAAACUAAAAAACUUUAUCGCACCGCGCGCCGUGCACCCCCAGCCCCGGUCUCUACUUCGGGAGACGACGAAUAUUUUUUUUCCGGACUUUCAGCCGCUUUUUAUUGAGUUGGAAAAGUUUUCUCGAAGUUGCGAUAAGUGUGUCCCGAAAAGUUGUGACGACGGUUUUAAGUGUAGUGUUUAAUUUGUUUAAUUUUGUUUUGCCGCCGGGUGGGAGCCGCGCUGGUGGGCAAUCGAUAGUCGGUGGGAGCGGCGAAGAUUACAUGAUUUGGCGAAGCAUCUGCCAGUUAAGGCAUCGGUGAAGGAGGCGAUGGGGUCUCGCGGGCGCGGGAGGGCCGCCGGCUGAGACACAUGCCCACUACACACUGCUGCCAGCAGAAAGAUGUCCUAAUAUGGGUUGGUCGACGGCGGCGGCGCGCGCCCUGCCCCUCCUCAUGCUGGGCUGUGUCUCCGUCUCCGCUCUCACUUCCGACAUCUUCGCAGCAGGCAAGUCGGACAAGGAGAUCCUGGACAACCUGCUGAAGAACUCCCGCUACGACAAGCGUCUGCUGCCUCCUGUCGACGAUCCAGAUUUCUGUUGUGGUCUAACUUCUCCGAACGACUCGCUAGCUCAGAACCGAGUGGGGCUGUCCUCGCUGCGGCCGCGCUCGCACAACCGCGGUGUCCUUACAGUAAAUGUCAGCGUCUUGCUACUUAGUCUAGCGUCUCCAGAUGAAUCUAGUCUUAAAUACGAAGUGGAGUUUCUUCUCCAGCAGCAAUGGUACGACCCUCGGCUGCGCUACUCCAACCAGUCUCACUACGACUUCCUGAACGCCAUCCACCACCACGAGGAUAUCUGGCUGCCUGACACCUACUUCAUCAUGCAUGGAGACUUCAAGGAGUUUUCACAACAUUCAUGGGACCCGAUUAUCCCGAUGCACUUCGCGUUGCGCAUCUACAGGAACGGGACCAUCAACUACUUGAUGAGAAGACACCUGAUCCUGAGUUGUCAGGGUCGACUCAACAUUUUCCCAUUUGAUGACCCAUUGUGUUCAUUUGCCUUAGAAAGUAUAUCGUACGAGUCGUCGGCGAUCACGUACGUGUGGAAGAAUGACGAGGACACGCUGCGCAAGUCGCCGUCGCUGACGACGCUCAACGCGUACCUCAUCCAGAACCAGACCAUCCCCUGCCCCAUCAAGGCCAGCUGGCGAGCUGAGGGUUACUCACUUUACGAGGAAGACGAAGAGCUGACAUGUAAUCUUUGCCAGAGACGGUUUGAGGAACAAGGUAACUACAGCUGUCUUAAGGUGGAUCUGAUCUUCACGAGGGACCGAGCGUUCUACUUUACCACAGUUUUUAUUCCGGGAAUUAUAUUAGUGACCUCCUCGUUUAUCACGUUCUGGCUGGAGUGGAACGCGGUGCCCGCGCGCUCCAUGAUAGGUAAUUAUAGCUGCCUAAAAGUGGAUCUCAUCUUCACACGGGAUCGAUCAUUUUACUUCACUACAGUUUUCAUUCCUGGCAUCAUUUUGGUGACAUCAUCGUUCAUAACUUUUUGGCUGGAGUGGAACGCAGUGCCUGCUAGAGUCAUGAUCGGUGUAACAACAAUGUUGAACUUUUUCACCACUUCCAACGGUUUCCGCUCGACGCUGCCCGUGGUGUCCAACCUGACUGCCAUGAACGUGUGGGACGGCGUGUGCAUGUGCUUCAUCUACGCCUCCCUGCUCGAGUUCGUGUGCGUGAACUACGUCGGCAGGAAGCGCCCUCUCCACAACGUGGUCUACCGGCCCGGCGAGAACCCCGUCACCCAGCGACUACCCGCAGUUCUGAGCAGAAUUGGCAUUAUUCUGGCCAGCCCCUUGGAGGCGAUGGCUCUGUACCAUUGGGCCACUUCUGAAACUGAAACACCGCAACCGGAGACUAGUGGUGCUGCGGAUAAGAAGCGGGAUUCCACGGGCGCGGCAGAGCUGGUGAACUGCGCGGCGUGCAGCGCCGGCCCGCCAGGCGCCUGCACGCAUACCACCAACAAUGGCGGGGUCACCGAGCCGUGUUUCGUCCAGGUGCGCAAGAAAGAGCCGCCGCACCCCAUCCGCGUGGCGAAGACCAUCGACGUGAUUGCGCGUAUCACCUUCCCCACCGCGUACGCCGUGUUCCUCAUCUUCUUCUUCAUCCACUACAAAGCCUUCUCUUAAUGUCCCCCCGGCGGCUCCAGCGCUCAGUCCAACUUCGGCGCCGACGGCUGCCAGUGAAUCCACUACAAAGACUUUUACUCAUUCGACAGUUUCUACAAGUUCAUAACGCAAUUUGAUAAAAAGUUACGUAGACUAGAAACGCGUUGAGCAUUCGAUUGCAAUUUGUCGCUUUCACUACUUUUAAGAUAUGCGUCGAUUGUAAUAUUUUAAGGAGAUGUGUAUACAAGUUAUCUACGGGUUUUGAAAUAGUUUUCGGUGAAACAUCAUCGGUUGAUUUAAGAUUAUCGAACAUUAGGAUAAGGAUUAUCUAUUGAGGGAACAAAAUACUUAGACGAAAGUUUUUUGUAUUAAUAUUGAGAAUGUAAGGAUGUGUCUGUUACUAGGUACAGUGGGAUUUUAAUCGUUACUAAAUGGUGUAGAAAUCUAUUUCAAACCUAAAGACAGUCCAAAUGUACUUUAUUGCGGUAGGUUACGGAACGAAUAAUUAAGAUCAUGAGAACUUUUAUAUUUAUUAGAUUUCAUCACGAUUAGCUAUUAGAUAGAUUCACAUUACACGUUCGUUGUGAUAUUAUAAUAAAUCAUUAUAAAGGCUGUAACUGCUUCAAGCGAGAGUUUUACUUACUGUUACAUUAUUAUUGUUUUAUAGAUUUUAUAUUUCGUUGUUUUGGGUAUAACUGGCCACUUUGAUAUCACUAUGAUUAUGAGAGAAAUCACAAGAAUAGCAAUAUGUUUUGUGUGGUUUGGUUCGGAUUGUAUAUCAAGCUCAAUUUAAUUAUUAUUGUGUAAAAAUAGAUUAAUGGAAAUUUCACUCGAUAUUGUUGUAACUGUAAAAUACGCAAUGUUGAACGUUUACGAAGACAAACAAAAUAUUUGUUGAAAAUUGGAUUAGUACCAUUAUGAGUUAUGAGCUUAAAAAUCGAUGUUGUUUGCAUUAUAAUAUUACUAUGAGAGUUUUAGGGAAUACACAUUCGAUAUAAUAAACCAUUGUACCUGUUAAGUUUCUAAACAUCAUUAAUAAAAUGUGUCCAUCUUGAAUAAAUACAAUUAUUUACUUAGUAAGCUUUAUAUUUUGUAGGGUUAUAUAAGGUAUUGAAAUAAACUCAUUUAUAGUUAGCAAAAAGUGAGACACGGUUAAUAUAAAAAAGUAUUUUAUGUCAAAAAAUUAAAUAAAAUUAGCUCGAUAUUUGUAAUAGCUAUAAAUUAAAAAAUAUCCGCUUUACUAACUAAAUUUAAAUGCCUUUUGCUUAUUAGUGAACCGCGGACCAACAAUGGUAAUGGAAAUAUUAUUUAUUUGAAUAAAAUUUAAAAGUAAGGACACGCCUAUUUGCAAGGAAAAUUAACGGCUGUGUUUUUUUUUUCUACUUAAAUGAUGAAUCAAAAACGUACAAAGGUUACUGAAAUCAUAUAUUUUUCCUUCAAAAGUAUUUUCUUUUCAAUCAAAAUAAUAUAUGACAUGCUAUUAGCAUCAUUACCUAUUAAUUAAGCUAAAACUUGCAGACUCUGUACAGUAAACUCGAUAUAAAUAAGUAAAUGAAAAUAUUGUUUUCGAGCUCUUCGACCAUUUCCUUAAAACUAUUGAACACAAAGUGAUACUACGUUAACUUGCAAAGUUUUUUAAUACCUACAACUUUAAGUGUAAGAAAAAAUUACAUAUCAUUCGCUUUAUAAGAUACGCUAUACGCCGUAAAAGAACUAAAAUCUAUCUAUAUUUACAUCUAUCUAUUGUUGCUCUGGCUUUAAUAUUUUGUAUUGUUUAUAUACUAGAGUUUUCUAAAUGGACUCAAAGUUCUAUAUUGCUGCUCUAUGGAAAAUAUGAUAUUUUAUCCAAAAUUGUAUCUAAAUUGUUGAGUAAUAAUAAAUUAAUUUCUAAGUCGUUUGCAAAAACGAAGAAUCAUGUUCCGUAUUUCUUAUUUGCAUAAUUUGUUUACCUUGGAGAAUGAUUUAUAAAAUUAUGUUAUUUUUACUAUUAUAAUGUUUUAUUAAAUUUAUAGUUAUAAAAUAAUAUACUUAAUGUGCAUGUGAGAUACAUUUGUAACAUCUGUAAGUUUGUACCUUACCCAUCUCUCUACUAUAAUAUCCUAAUUUGUAUUUUUCCGGACAGUGGAAAUAACUCGACCCACUAUGCCACCGACUGCAUUGAAAUACUCUUAUAAGGUACCUUUAAUCCUAAACUGUACAUACUUAUGUUUAAUUAAUUAUUAAUAUAUUUGGCUCCCCUAAUGUGUAUACUUUUUUGUAUAUUUUGAUCCGAGUUUUCACUGUAACACUUACCUACAUUUAAUUAUGUGUAUGAGAAAAUAAUUUAGAUAUAAAUUAUAAUGCAACAUAAGUAAUAAGAUUUACACACCAAGCGUGCGCUUAAACCUAUUUUAUGUUUGUCCAAAAACUAUAACAUGCAUAUAAAAAUAUAUUUCUUGAAUACGUAUAACUGUCAUUAACCAUAAGACGUUAAGCUUUGCCGAAAAUGAGAGAAAAUUAAUGUAACGUGUUAAAUGUAAGAAUAAUUAAGUGGUGUGUGAGGAUACAAGGAUUAGAACCAAAUAUAUAUUAUGUACUUUUAGCAAUCAUGCUUCGUCAUGUUGAAAUCUCAAAACAGACUGCCCCAAGAAACAUCCAAAACAAAAGAUUCACUUUAAUAAAAAAUAAAAUCUCUUGUAAGCAUCAUGUCAGAAAACCAAGUUAGCAAA